AUGCAGCGCGAGGAGCUGUCAGCCAGAGAGGAGUUCACCUACAGCCACGUGUCCACCCUGGAAAGAGGCGGAGGGACGCUGGGACGACGGGGCGACAGGGGAUCGGAAAGAAGGCCAGAUAGGGGGGAGAGGGAUAGACCUGAACGAGACAGCUACACAGUGGACGUGAGGGCCAGUGACCUGCAGCUGGCCCAGCCGGAGCCUCUAAAGCACCCCUGCUUCAGCUACAGGGCCUGGCUCUACAGUGUCCUCAUAGGGGGUAGUCUCCUCAUCACAUCUGGAUUCUCUCUGUACCUGGGAAAUGUGUUCCCUGUUGCCAUGGACUACCUGCGCUGCGCUGCAGGCUCUGGCCUCCCUGCAGCCAUAGCUAGUUUUGCCAUUGCCAAGAACAGACAUGUUGCAGUGUCAGAUUUCCAAGUGGUUUAUGUAUCCACCUUUGCUGUGACAACCACAUGCCUGGUUUGGUUUGGUUGUAAACUGGUCCUGAACCCCUCUGCUGUCAAUAUCAACUUUAACCUCAUCCUGAUGAUUUUGCUGGAGGUGUUGAUGGCCAGUACUGUCAUCCUGUCAGCCCGCUCUGCAGAGGACUGCUGCUGCCACAGAAAGCAGGUGACAUAUGACAGACCUGUGGUUAUAACGCCUGCAGUGUUUCCCACUCGACUCCUUAAAGCAUAUUCUGUGAUCGAAGUGAUCGUGGGAAUCUCUGCUGUAUUUGGAGGCAUUAUUGCCCUCAACAUGGACGCUUUGCUACCAGGUCCCUACUUGUCUGUCACAUUUUUCUGGAUCCUUGUGGCUUGUUUUCCCAGUGCUAUUGCAAGCCAUGUUGUGUCAGAAUACCCCAACAAAUGUCUGGUGGAGGUACUGAUUGCCAUCAGCAGUGUAACGUCUCCCCUGCUCUUUUCAGCCUCCGGCUUUCUCUCUUGCAGUGUGAUCAGCUUUAUUGAAAUCUUUCUGCAUGAUGUGCCCGCAGCCAAGCAAUCAUACGACAUCCUGCUGCUGAUUCUGAUGGUGUUGCUGCUGGUGCAGGCAGUUCUAACUUCAGCCACUGUGGUGCACUGUGCCUCCUACAAGAGUCAGCUCCGCAUGGGGGCUCCAGAGAGCGAAGACAGCAUGCACACCCUGACCCGUUACUAUGAGCAGCAAGCAUCCAAUGGAACACAGGAUUUCGACAAAGACAGAGCCUGGAAGGCAGUUGUGGUCCAAAUGGCUCAGUGA